UCAAUUAGAGGGUUCUUGUCAUUUAUCUACAUUGAUAAAACAGCAUACAUUUAAUAGUUAAAUAACAUUAUUCCGUAAAGUUGAACUCGCUAAGAUAACCCGUAUUGAUUGUAUUAAAGAAGUGCCUAUAAUGAUUUCUAUUUUAACAAGAUAUAAGAAAUAUAUAUCAAUAAUAAGAGAUGUAUGAAAUUUUGAGGGCAGGCGUUAUCGUGACCUAUGUUUGAAUUUAUUAAUAUCAUUUGAAGUAUCGUCGUACGAAAUGCGAAAGGAAGUGACGAGUACCGUAUGCCACAUAGGGGAGACAAGGGCCCUCCUGCUAGCACCUCGUCAUUAGCCAAUUGAAAGAUUGGCGCAACAGGAAUCACCGACACCACCAGUUGCACUCAGAGUCCCGCGCAAGACAUACCAGGAUACUCACGUGUCUUUCAACUUUAUUUUAACUGUGCCAUUUACACCUGACCGCGCAAAUGUUACUCAUGAAAGCUAAUUUCUAUUUGUGCUUACUCCUACUAUACUCAUUUUGGAUAUGUUCAACCGAUGCGCGACGUGGACGCACCAGAAGCAGAACAAAAUCCAAGGUACAAAUCGGAUUACCCAUCACCGGGAAGUACAGGGAUCCCGAAUCAGAUCAAUAUUACAAUAAUAACGACGGUGCUAAAAUUCUACUUGCAUCACAUUUUGACCUUGAGUAUGUACUGGGACACAAGAUUGCAUUCUUAUGUAUCGCCAAAGGGUCACCUCGGCCGCAUAUUACAUGGUUUAAAGAUGGAGUGGAAAUAUUUGCCCAUCACUACCUACACAUUCACGAGUGGCCUAUUGGUGAUGACCGUGUGAAAUCGAAGAUUGAGAUUGACCCUGCCACUCAAAUGGACGCCGGCGUGUACGAGUGUACGGCAGACAACAUGUACUCCAUUGAUAGGCGCUCCUUCAAGACAGACUUUUCCAUUGCCUUCGACUGAAUUAUUAUUCUAUUAACCAUACUUUAAUAACGGGCAUUGGUAUUUUUACUUUAAAAAGUAUACUCUCAUGUGUCUCGUUUAAGCAUAUUUUGGGAGAUUAAGCGCCUGUUCCACCAUCUCCAUAAAUACCUACUUGCUGAACUUAUGUGACAAAAAGUCCAUACAAAUUACGUUCUUAAUUCAAUUGUUUCUGCACAUAGACAUUGUGACAUAGGCACUUAUCAUUAUAAUAAAUUUGUCGUGUCAUUUAAAUGUAAUGUUCCUUAUUUGAAGGUGUUUUAAUUUUAUUAUUAUAGGCCUAAUUUAAGUUGUUACUUUUACAUACUCAAAACAGGUAACAUUCUAUUCUUACAUUAUAUUUAUGUAUUUAAAGUUUUUAUCUAAUAAACUUUAACACUGAUGAUUUUUAUUUGUCGAUAUUAACUAUCAUAUUUUAACAUCAAGCCUUUAAUCCCUGUAGAGGAAAGUAGAGCCAGUACAGGUAAUAGAAAAGGACUAAUUUGAGAGUCUAUGGUCGUUAUUAAGGAUUUCCGAAAAUCGAUUUACCCAAAUUUGUCAUAAAGCUAUGAUAUUCCUACUCCUUACUAGAGAUUCACGCUUAACUCUAACUACUUGACUAAACAGGCAGAAUUAGUAUUUCAACUCUAUAAUAAGUUAGUGAGUACUUGAAA